UUCUUCCUGUGGGGAGCGCGCAUGCGCACAGAGAGUCGUCAGCUGUAGAGCGUUAUUGUCGUUGUUCGUGAUGGCGCAUUACAGAGCAUCAGACUCGAAGCGUGAGCAGUUUCGGAGAUAUCUAGAGAAAGCUGGAGUCCUGGACAGUUUCACCAACGUGUUGGUGGCUUUGUACGAGGAAACGGAGAAACCCAACAAUGCUCUUGACUUUAUAAAGCAUCACCUUGGUGUCGCUGGAGCCGAGUCCACUGAUGUGGAGAAUCUGCGCCUGGAGCUGAAUGAUUUACAGCACAAAUAUGAACAGCUCAUGGAGGAAAAUAAAGAUCUUAAAAACAGGCUUCUGCAGUACGAGUCUGUGCAGGAAGAUGGAACGGAAUAAACAUCUUUUUUGAGUUCUAAAUGAUAUUUCUUCACAUGAGUAAAAGUCUUUUUUGUUAAAAUUCUGUUUUGUAUUAAAAUGCCUAAGAAGUGAAUAUUUAAGUAAAAUGUGCCUGAUAUUUAAUAAACACCUUUUUUUUGCACUAACCCUUUUAUAAAAUGUAUUUGAAAAAUUGUCAAAUGUGUUGCUGAAGGAAGCUUUUAUAUUAAUUUGUGAUGACAAUUAGACUUUUUAGGAAAUAAAAUACAAAAAAUACA